GUUAGUAGAUCAGUGGAGUACAGGUUAUCAUUAGGGAUUGUAUACUAUAUGAAGUCGAGUUAAUGCCAUUAGCAAAAUAGCAGUACGCUAUGUAGUAGCCAGCAGCAUUCUCCUACGGAAGCGUAAUUUAACGUCGGAUUCCGUACAUGUGCGUAAUCACCAAGAUGGCGCGCGGCGGUGCGGACGUUGCCGGCGCGUGUCCCCACUGAUUUGCACCCAUAAUAUAUCUGUCAAGUCUUAUCGGAUUCAUUGGCAGCCGCCACCUAUUGGGACGAGGGAUUCCCUUUAGCAUCCUUGGCGGUGGAAAUAGUUAAUUGUGAUGUCCUGCUGCUUGCCGCUGCCGGAGCGCUGUGCUCAGUUGGGAAUGCUUGUUAACUGUAGCUCAUUUAAGUUUGUGAUGGCAAUUUUCUAUCCAAAGCAGAAAAUUAAGCGCCAGCGCACUAUCGUUCCCGCAUGUACCCUUAGCUGUGAUCAGUUUAAUGUCACCUCUUGAAUUAAUUCGCCACAAACCAACACAAACGAUUAUCCGCUUCCCAACGCCAAAGACUGGGAUUUUGAUAAAAAAAGGGCUGUAAAUGGAUUCCUUGCAGACUGAUGGCGACGCGAACAUCUCAUCUGAAUUUAAUAUGACGGAGUACAUUGAGCGGCUGUUGGGCGAAAAACAGCUGUCGAUGUCGAUGGUCAUUCCCAUAACUGUCAUCUAUACGGUGUUGUUUAUCGGUGGCAUCGUGGGCAAUAUUCUAACCUGCAUGGUCAUUGUGCGCAAUCCCUACAUGCACACCACGACCAACUACUAUCUCUUCUCCUUGGCCGUCUCCGAUGUGCUCAUGCUGCUAUUCGGCUUGCCGCUGGAGAUUUAUUCUUUUUGGGUGCAGUAUCCGUAUGCAUUCCCAUCAUUCGUUUGCUCCGGAAGAGCGAUGAUUUCCGAAAUGACAACCAAUGCAUCUAUAAUGACAAUAAGCGCUUUUACCGUUGAAAGAUACUUAGCAAUUUGCCAUCCUAUCAGUACCCAGACAAUGACCAGCUUGUCGCGAGCGAAGAUGAUGAUUGGAAUAAUUUGGCUGGCCUCUCUGAUGAGCGCAAUACCUUACGCAUUUUUUGUAAAGGUGAAUCACCUCGUAUAUCCCGGGACUUCGGACGAGAUACCUGAAUCAGCUUGGUGCAGUAUCAACCAGAAUGCUCGGGAAGAGACUGCGGCACUAUUCAUUGUCUAUACCACCGUUUUCUUUGUGGUACCUAUCGUCCUUCUAACGAUUUUGUAUAUAUUAAUUGCGCGCGCGUUAAACAAGUCCGAACGGCAUCCACUCGCUGGUGUACGUACGGAAUCGUCAACCAGCGACACUUCCAGAAAUCGGAUCCAAUCCCGAAAAUCCAUAAUCAGGAUGCUCGCUGCGGUCUGUGUUGCGUUCGUCAUAUGCUGGGCUCCAUUCCACACCCAGCGUCUUUUAUGGUCUUUUGUCAAUGAAUGGAAUCUCCUUUCGAAAUCCAUCAACGGAUUUCUCUACGUAAUUGCAGGCUGCUGCUAUUAUACAAACUGCGUAAUCAACGUGAUUAUCUACAAUCUAAUGAGCCAUCGUUUUCGUGAGGCAUUUCGCGAGGAAACACUGUGUGUGUGCCGUGCACAACGGCGACGGAGAUCCAGCCGAGCCGGAAGUGUGGCGCACGAUAACGCCCUGGCUAAUAGUUUAGUUGGACAUUUGUCCUAUAUGAAGCCCGCCUCCACGCGCAUUGUAUACCAUAAUCCGCCCUAUCGUCGCCAGUCUUCCUUGUUAUCCCGGCUAGAUGCACGACGGCGAUCCAGCUUUAGUCCGGUACGCGGUGCAGCUGAUAUGGCGACGGAGGGCAACAGCGUUGUGGAGUUGUACGUGGUUAGCCCGGAAGGAAGACUGCUGGAGGAAGGCAGUAUGCGGCAUGGAUCGGAUGGUACAGUGGAUCCCUUCCUUGGUUCCCAGUAUUUGGCAUCAUCCAGAAAGUCGUCAGCGUCAACCGAUGCGGCAGCAACGGUCGACAACGUAGUUUGAUUAGGCUUAUAUUAUACUUUCUCGCCCAGGCUUAAUCACUGCUCAUCGACGUCACUGAACGUAUUUAUACUUUCAAAUAAAUCUGGCUAACGGAAACCGAGUUAGUAACUUGAUCCUUCUGCUUCUCGGUGUCUUAAGUUAACAAACCAAGACUAACAAAUUGUAAGUUAAAACUGACAUUGUUAAGACUGGUAUUCACACUCGUAGUUCA